AUGUAUGGCGCACAACAGAAGAACUUGAUUGUGGAUGCCCGGCCAAGGCUAAACGCGACGGUCAACUCUGCAAUUGGGAAAGGUUCUGAAGAUAUGGCUCAUUACGGAGCGGCUACAAAGGCGUAUCUGGGCAUUGCUAACAUUCACGUAAUGCGCAACUCGCUCAACAAGAUUGUGGAUGCCUUGAAGCACGCCGACGUGUCGACUGUGCCGCCAAACCGAGAACAACUGGCUAGGAGUGGAUGGCUGGAGCACAUUAUCGGGAUCAUGGAUGGAGCGAGGAUAUGCACAAAGGCAAUUGCUAUCGAUCAUUCUCAUGUCCUUAUCCACUGCUCAGACGGCUGGGAUCGCACGAGCCAGCUUAGUGCACUGGCCCAACUGUGCCUGGACCCUUAUUAUCGUACGUUGGAGGGUUUCAUUGUCCUGGUCGAGAAGGACUGGCUUUCCUUUGGGCAUCAGUUCCGGCAGCGCUCUGGCCUUUUGAACAGCGAUAAAUGGUUCGAGAUCGAAAAUGAGCGCAUUGGAGGCAGCGACGCUGGCACCCCUGGCGCAGGAGGAGCCAAUGCAUUCGAGAAUGCCCUGCUGAGCGCCAAAGGGUUCUUUGGCAAUAAGAAAAAUGACAGUAGGGAGUCGCUGGCUGAAUCGGAGGGCGACGUCAGAGUCGACUCUCCAAGCCCGAGGUCGAAUGGAUCCAAACCUCCGGACAAGGUUCAGGUCACCAAGACGGAUGAAGUCAGCCCUGUAUUCCAUCAAUUCUUGGAUGCAACCUACCAGCUCCUCUACCAGAAUCCAACGCGGUUCGAGUUCAACGAGCGUUUCUUGAGGCGCUUGCUCUACCAUGUCUACUCUUGCCAAUAUGGCACGUUUCUUUUCGACAACGAGAAAGAACGUGUCGACUACAAAGCUUACGAGCGGACCCAAAGCGUGUGGGACUUCUUCCUUGCUCGCAAGAAAAUGUUCUUGAACGACAAGUAUGACCCGGAGGUGGAUGAUCGGGUCCGGGGCAAGGAGCGCAUCUUCUUACCCGAUAUUACGAAAGUAAGGUGGUGGGCAGAGGCUUUUGGCCGCAAGGAUGAAGAACUCAAUGGCACCGGACCUGUGCUCCCGCCACAGAGUGCCCCAGUUCUAUACGGAGUCGAGAGUGCGAACCCGGCGACGGGGGCGACGGUAAGACAGGAGCUUAGCGCCAACGAGAGCUCGUUUAACGGAGAGCCCGAAAUGUCGGCAAGCUUUUCAAACUUGUCGAUAGGACGAGCCAGCCCGACUCCGAGUCGCAGCCCGAGCAGGGGCCCCAGCCCCAGCAGAGGCCCUAGUCCUGGCGCUGGUCCUGGUCCUGGUCCUGGCCGGGAAGCGACGCUGAGCGCAGUUGCACCGAAGCAAAUGGAGCUUGGAGCACAUUCUCACAGGGACGCAGCAGCAGCUCUGCAUACGAUGCAAUGA